UACAUCCGGUCUGUCUUUCGUGUUUGCGGUAGCUCGCUUUUUGAGAAGUUAAACCUGAAAUAACUCAAAAUGGGAUGUGACGGCGGAACGAUCCCUAAACGACACGAGUUGGUGAAAGGCCCAAAGAAAGUAGAGAAGGUGGACAAAAAUGCAGAAUUGGCAGCAAAGUGGAAAUACUGUGCUCUAAGUCAAGAGAAGCUCAAGCGCCCCAUUGUUGCUUGUGAACUGGGAAGGCUUUACAAUAAGGAUUCCAUCAUCGAAUACCUCCUGGACAAGUCUGCAGAGAGACCGAAUUCUGAGGCAGUAACACACAUCCGAGGCACAAGGGACAUUAAAGAGCUGAAUCUGACUGAUAACCCUGAGUGGGAGGGCGAGAGGAGAAACACCAAAGGAGAUCGAUAUGAGGACAUUCACUGCGGCAUGUUCAUUUGUCCCGUGGUUGGAUUGGAGAUGAAUGGCAAACACAGAUUCUGCUACCUACAGACUUGUGGAUGUGUGUUUUCUGAGCGUGCUCUUAAAGAAGUCAAGACCGAGAUUUGCCACAAGUGCGGGGACCCAUUUAAAACUGACGAUGUUGUGGUCCUCAAUGGCACAAAGGAGGAGGUGGACAAGCUGAGAGAGAAGAUGGAAGAAAAGAGAGCCAAAGCUAAAACUAAAAAAUCUAAAAAGAGCAAAGCAGCUGAAACUGUGUCAGCACCACCAGAAUCCAAAGAUGAAACAAGCUCAACAAAAGCGGAAAGUUCUCUUGAGAAUGGAAAUGGUGCAAGCAAUGAUCCAGAUGUGGCUGGUCCAAGCUCUUCCAAAAGCAGCAGUAGCAGCAGUGGAGCUUCCAAACGUUCCAUCCAAAAAAUGCAGGACAAAUCUGAGGCCUUCAAAUCCAUCUUCACCAGCCACAGCUCAGCCAAGCGCACCAAAGACCAAAUGUCCAACUGGGUCACACAUACCCCUUAUCACUUUUAAUACUGUCAGUCAAAAAUGUGCUGUAUGGUUUUGCAUUGAUACAGUGUUUCAGAAUAUUAGAGACAUAGUAGUUGAAUUGUCUCCACUCUGUCCUAGGAACAUGCUGAACAAUAAGUUGCUUUGACAAAUUACAAAUAAACUCCAUUGACAACCAUUUUUAAAAUUUUAGUAGAAAAUGUAACUCCAAUUCCACCUUUUUAACUCAUUCCCAACUCAUUCCAAGUUUCCCUUCUUAAAAUUGGACUAAACACCAAAACUUCCACAGCCACAUUUUUGUUGCUAACUUGGGCAAUACCUGGAGGAUUAAAGAAAAGAGUGGGGGGGUGGAGAGGCGGGGUCUGGGGGUGUAAGAACAGUGUGAUUGGUCUAACGGGGAUCCACACUUCAGACUCCACCCCUGCAGUCAAAUGUUUGUAAUCGUGUCAUGUAGUACUUGAAGUUGCAGUGGCUUCUGGAGGGAGCACACACUCAAGUUUUUUUAUAUAUUUAAAAAAUAAUGGCAGGCGCAUACUUGUCAAGGAUGGUCAAGCCAGUUUUGAUUUUUGCGAUCACUACCACCUUUUAAAAUUUAGCUAGCUCAGUAAAAUUUUGGGAAUUCCUCGAAGAAUUGUGUUUCUUCUUUCCUUGUGCCGUCUGCACUGAGGAGGGUUUUUGGUACCAGCUGGAUUUUUCUUAGGACAUGCACGUCAAUAAACUCACUGCAGUGAUAAGGAAAGAAAAAAAACACAAAACAAAAACAUCUUUUAAAAGAAAUGUAAAGAAACAAAUAUUUCCUGUUGUCACUGUUUAUAAAAACCUCAAAUGUUAAACAGAUAUUGGCUGAUGGCACAAAAUAAGAUGUAAUAGUAGAUAUAAUGUCUGACUUGUGCGCCUGUACUCUGUUCAAAUGCUUCAAUUUGCUCUUAGCUUUAUGCUCGCAUCAUAAACAUGUUUCCUAAUAGAUCCCCUGACUCUUCACAGUUUUUGUUUUGAAACCUAAUACCUCCCCUGUGUAUAUGUGUCCUUUGAGUUUGUAUUCAUUGGGAGUCGAUUCUAAGUUAAGGCAAUGCUCUGUGUCGUACAUCACUCAAUACAAUGCUGACUCCUAGUGGAAGAAGUUAAAAUGGGAAUCUGACACGAAAAUACUUGGGUAUUUAUUUGAUGGAAUAAUUUACAGUGGCUAUAUUGAUUAGUAAGGAAUUAUAUUUAGCUCUUUUACUUUAUCUUCUCUAAACAUUGUUGUUACUAUUUGCAGCACUAAAACUGCAUUUAAUUUUUAAAACUGUUUUGGGGGAGGGGAUUUUUUUUUAAUCCACAUACUAUAAAAACAUGUUUGUUCCCUGAAUUGUCCUUUGGUGCAUUUUUUAAUAAAAUAUCAAAUACUUG